UAAGGUACUGUAGAUUUGAGGCAAAGGAAGAAGCCAGACGGCACUGAAACAGAAGACGGAGCUCCAGAAGAGGGAAAUGAAGAAAGCCAAAAGCCAAAAAAAUCUCCAAGAUAUGUUUUAAUUCCACGUUUUGCAAAGCUUUUCUUUGGCUGCAUUGCGGCCAUCGUCAGUGGAAUGAUGUACGCCAUGUACCUUUCAACAUAUCACGAACGCAAAUUUUGGUUCUCCGGCAGGCCGGAGCUUGAGCGAGAAAUCACCUUUCAGGGCGAUAGUGCUGUGUAUUACUCAUUUUAUAAAGAAUUGUUGAGGGCACCUUCCUUUGAAAGAGGUGUGUAUGAACUGACCCGGGACAACAGAACUCUGUCACUGAAGACCAUUAAUGCAGUGCAGACAAUGACUUUAUAUCCUGAGUUGAUUGCCAGUGCGUUAUAUCAAGCAUCUGGCAGUGAAGAAGUUAUAGAGCCCGUGUAUUUUUACAUUGGCAUAGUUUUUGGACUGCAGGGCAUUUACGUCACUGCAUUGUUUGUAACCAGCUGGCUGAUGAGUGGAACUUGGCUAGCAGGGAUGCUAACAGUUGCCUGGUUCAUUAUUAACAGGGCAGAUACAACCAGAAUAGACUACUCAAUUCCGUCAAGGGAAAAUUGGGCACUCCCAUAUUUUGCAUGUCAGGUUGCAGCUCUUACAGGCUACUUAAAGAGCAGCACAAAUUCUUCUGCCGAGAGGUUUUCCUACCUGUUGGUGAGCGCCUCGACAUACACUUUUAUGAUGAUGUGGGAAUACAGUCACUAUCUAUUGUUUGUCCAGGCUGUGUGUCUCUUCCUGCUAGACACUGUAGCACUUGCACAGACAGAAAAGGUCCAUGAGAUGUUCAAAAUCUACUUAUUUUCCAUCUUCCUGGGCUACUUUUUGCAGUUUGAGAAUCCAGCUUUAUUGGUGUCUCCCCUCCUGAGCCUUGUUGCAGCUGCACUGCUUGCAAAAUGCCUCCAGAUGAAUACCAAAAAGGGGACAAUUUUUUCAAGGAUGCUGAAAGUAUUUUAUUUUUAUUUGGUAUCCACAAUAACAGUGACUUUAAACCUUGUAAUGAAGACAUUUGUUCCUCAUAAAGAAAACGAGCAUUUAAUGAAGGUUCUCGAAAUAAAACUGGGUUUAAACAAAACAAAGAACUUCACAAUGAACUGGCUCCUUUGUCAAGAGUCGCUUCAGACACCAUCCCAAGACUUCUUUCUGCGGCUCACUCAGUCCUCACUGUUGCCUUUCUAUGUUUUAGUGCUCAUCGUUUGCCUUUUCUCUGUAGGUCAGGUCAUUUGUAGCAGAACUAGUGCUGAACUGAUCAAUGAAACAUCUACCCUUGAGAGCGGGAGGAUUGGGGAAAGGCCGGAAGUUGUGUAUCAUGUACUGCACACAAUUUCAUUGGGGUCACUUACAAUGAUGAUGGAAGGAAUGAAGUAUCUGUGGACCCCUUACGUUUGCAUGCUUGCCGCAUUUGGGGUGUGCUCCCCUGAGUUCUGGAUGACCCUUUUCAAGUGGAUGCGACUGAAAGCUGUGCAUCCCAUCUUGCUGGCUCUAAUCCUGAGCAUGGCUGUUCCUACUAUCAUAGGCUUCAGUCUGUGGAAGGAGUUUUUUCCUAGGAUAAUGGCAGAACUUUCAGAAUUGCAAGAAUUUUAUGACCCUGAUACAGUAGGACUCAUGACCUGGAUAAAAAGGCAGGCGCCUAUUGCUGCUGUGUUUGCUGGCAGCCCACAGCUCAUGGGCGUGAUCAAGCUGUGUACUGGAUGGAUGGUGACAAAUCUGCCCAUGUACAGUGACGAAGACCUGCACAAGAGAAACGAGAAUAUUUUCCAGAUCUAUUCCAAAAGAUCAGCUGAGGAUAUAUAUAAGAUACUCACAUCAUACAAAGCAACCUACUUGGUUAUAGAGGAUUCAAUCUGCAAUGAAGUCAGUCCUGUGAGAGGGUGCCGGAUCAAAGACUUACUGGAUAUUGCUAAUGGGCACGUGUAUUGUGAAGAAAGUGACAGCUAUGGCUAUUCAAAAUAUGGACGGUUUUGUCAGGAGAUUAAAAUGAACUAUUCUCCGUAUGUGAAUUACUUCACUCGAGUAUAUUGGAACAGAUCCUACUUUGUAUAUAAAAUCAACACUGUGAUAUCCUUCCAGUCCUGAGAAGUCAUGGAGACCUUCUGUUUGAAGACUGACUCUAGGGGACAAAAUUCUUAAAUGGGAUGAGGUCAUUUUACAAAGUGUUCUUUUUCUACGUUGUGUGUACACCAUAUAGACACACACUCACACCAAGUGAGAACAUGCAAAUGCCCACAAGUUGACCCAACUGGAAUACUGCAGACUGAAUGUAGUAUAGCAAGAUGGAGAAAUGUGCUCCAGGGCCUUGGAAAAGACUGGUCAAUGUUGCAAGAGAAAACAGUCUUCCAUGUUUUUAAAUAC